GAGGUUCGCCUUGGCUAUUUUGAUGAGAGCCGGGAUUUUUUUGCGUGUGCGUGUGUGUGGUGUGUUGUUCGGGUCGGUGACGUGAUCACGUAACAUGACUGAGACGAUCAAGAGGCUUUUGGAGACAUUCUUUCCGGGAAAGUGUUUCGAAGAUGUCCUCAUACGCCAGAAUUUCACGAACUUGGAGUGCCUCAAGAUAGCAGUGAGCAAGUGUCUAGGCUAUGGAAUUAUAGUCGGAUCCACGCUUGUGAAAGUGCCGCAGAUUGUAAAAAUAGUGCAAGCCCAAAGUGCCGAAGGGAUCAGCGUCACGUCGGUGCUCCUGGAGCUCAUAGGGGUGACUGCAUCUACAGCGUACAGCUAUGCACAACGCUACCCUUUCAGUGCCUGGGGCGAGGGCCUGUUCCUGCUGCUGGAGACUGCCCUGAUCGCGGCCCUGGUGCUCCGCUUCCGCGGCCAGUCCGGCCGUGCCGCCGCCUUCACGCUCAGCUACGCGGCCCUGCUCACGCUGCUCCUCUCCAAGCUCGUGCCGGUGUCCGUGCUCUGGGCCGCCCAGCUGGCCAGCGUGCCGGUCAUCAUCUCGGGAAAGAUGAUGCAGGUGUGGAGUAACCAUCGGAACGGGCACACGGGUCAGCUGUCGGCCAUCACCUCGGGACUGCUGUUCUUCGGCGCUUUGGCGCGCAUCUUCACAUCGGUGACGGAGACUGGCGAUGCCCUCAUGGUGGGCACCUUCAUGAUUGCAGCCGUCGCCAACUUCUGCAUCUUUGCCCAGGUCCUUUACUACUGGGACGUGACCAACAAGAGAGUUCAAGACAAGAAGAAAUAGCAGUUGGGACAUAACUCCAAGAACGCCUCGCCUUUUAGAGCAUUUGCUGGCCGACGGACUCUUGAACUACUUUUUUUGUU